UCUUUUCUAUUUUUUUUUCUGUUUUUACUUGUAGCAAAGAUUACUAUCAACCUCCACUCCUUGUGCCAGAGACCCUUGUGGUGUUAGUGAGAAACUUGUCCCGUGUGUAACACACUACCUACACGCGAGAGUUCCUGUAGCCCCAACCCCAGUCUCUAAUAAGGUGCACACACAAAUCUCUCAUUCUAAAAGAAAAAAAUCUGCCUGUGCCCCCUGCCAGCCCGCCUGCUAACCUGCAAUCACAUGGGCUUGAAACUGGAGAAAGUACAAGUGUUUGGGGUGGGGGCGUGUCCAGGGACGGGCAAACUGGGAACCCUGUUUUUGGAAGGCUAGUGACCAACCCUCAAACGACACAACUGACCUCCGCCUCCUCUCCACUGGGGCAGGGAGGGCUGGUGGCUUGGCAGACUGCCCUGCCAGCAAUAGAGGAAGCCAGCUUCAGGAAGGGGUGCUGAGCACUGGUUCCAUUUUAGGGGAAGGGCGCCUGGCCAGAGAGGCCAAGCAACCCUCUGAGGCCGGUCUGAGUGGAGGCCCCCUGUGAAAGCAGCUGAUAGAGGUGCAGCCAUGGGGCUGGAGCUGUUCCUGGACCUGCGAUCGCCCCCCUGCCGAGCCAUCUACAUUUUCGCCAAGAAGAAUGGCAUCCCCUUUGAGCUGCGGCAGGGGGAGCUGGCACGGGGGGAGCAUUUGAGGCCGGAGUUUUUGCAGGUGAAUCGCCUGGGAAAGGUGCCUGCCCUUAGGGACGGUGACUUCCUGCUGGCUGAGAGCGUGGCCAUCCUCCUAUACCUGAGCCGCAAGUACCAGACGGCGGAACACUGGUACCCACCCGGGCUGCAGGCCCGCGCCCGCGUGGACGAAUACCUGGCGUGGCAGCAUGUCGCCAUCCAGCUGCCUGCCACCAACGUCUACCUGUGCAAGUCUCUCCUGCCCUACUUCUCCGGGCAGCCUGUGGAUGGUGCCAAUCUCCAGCGGCUGAUGGAGAGGCUGGCACCAGCCUUGCGACACCUGGAUGAGGAAGUCCUGGCGUCCAGGCCCUUCCUGGCAACCGAGCAGGUCUCCCUGGCGGACUUGAUGGCGCUCACGGAGCUGAUGCAGGAAAGUUCGGCCCUGGGAAUCCCCACGGAUGAGCCCUUCUCCUGUGGGGUGGCUGUGAGAUGGUACCCCGAAGCGCAGGAAUACACAGGAGAGUAGGCUCGCGGCCCCUAGCACUUGGCCAGAAGCCUCUCCCAGCCUUCUCCUGGGCAUGCUCAGAACCUUUGCUGCUGUGGGAAUUCCGUGCUUCCU